AUGGACAAACCUUCUGGCCCAGUAAUGGACAAACCUACUGGCCCAGUAACAGACAAACCUACUGGCCCAGUAACAGACAAACCUACAGGCCCAGUAAUGGACAAACCUACUGGCCCAGUAACAGACAAACCUACAGGCCCAGUAAUGGACAAACCUACCGGUCCAGUAACGUACAAACCUACUGGCCCAGUAAAGGACAAACCUACUGGCCCAGUAAAGGACAAACCUACUCGCUCAGUUAAGGACAAACCUACUGGCCCAGUAAAGGACAAACCUACUCGCUCAGUUAAGGACAAACCUACUGGCCCAGUAAAGGACAAACCUACUCGCUCAGUUAAGGACAAACCUACUGGCCCAUUAACUGGCAAACCUACUUACCCACUAACCAUUAAAACGAAUGGCCCAUUAACUGACAAACCUGCUGGCCCACUAAUUAGAAAGCCUAACUGCCCACUAAUUAGCAAACCUCCUGGCGCACUAACUGACAAACAUACUGUCCCAAGAACUGGCAGACCUACUGGCACAUAA